GUGCGUCUCAGGCAGCGCGCACGCCGGCGUGAGAGGGCACGGGGAAAAAGGUGGCUCUGGCCGGGGCGGCUCGGCUUCCUGUGGCUAUGUAGCUGAGCUCGUCGGCUCGGGGUCCUCCACUGCCACCGCCGCGUCCUGGCGCGGAGUUUCUGCUUGGGAGGGAGACUGUCGUCACGCCCGCCGCAUUCCCUCGACGGCAGAGCUUGCUUGCUCGCCCGUGGGAGCGUCCCGGCCGAGCAGCCCUGAGGGGGGAGGGGAGGCCAUUUUGUCCCGACCGACUCCCCGGAACCGGGCGGAGCGGCUGGGAGAGGCUGCGGAGCCGCGGUCGCCGCCCUCGGAGGCACCGGACGCCGCCACCGUCGGGGGGCUUCCUCGACGAGGCCGUUCGCAGGUCGCCCGCGCCCUCUCGAGCCCUCGUUUUUCCCACGCUUCCCCGGUCCUCCGGCCUGAGAACGCCCGAGCGAGGAGUUGGCUGUAGUGAGAGGGACCGAUCCCUUGGGGCCGCCGGCGGCGAGAGCCUGAGCCGCUCCUCCCAAUGGCGAAGAAGACGUACGACCUGCUUUUCAAGCUGCUCCUGAUCGGAGACUCGGGAGUGGGGAAGACCUGCGUCCUUUUUCGUUUUUCGGAUGAUGCCUUCAAUACCACCUUUAUUUCCACCAUAGGAAUAGACUUUAAGAUCAAAACAGUUGAAUUACAAGGAAAGAAGAUCAAGCUACAGAUAUGGGAUACGGCAGGCCAGGAACGAUUUCACACCAUCACAACCUCCUACUACAGAGGAGCAAUGGGUAUCAUGCUAGUAUAUGACAUCACCAAUGGUAAAAGUUUUGAAAACAUCAGCAAAUGGCUUAGAAACAUAGAUGAGCAUGCCAAUGAAGAUGUGGAAAGAAUGUUACUAGGAAACAAAUGUGAUAUGGAUGAUAAAAGAGUUGUACCUAAAGGAAAAGGAGAACAGAUUGCAAGGGAGCAUGGUAUUAGAUUUUUUGAGACUAGUGCAAAAGCAAAUAUAAACAUCGAAAAGGCUUUUCUCACAUUAGCUGAAGAUAUCCUUCGAAAGACCCCUGUAAAAGAGCCCAACAGUGAGAAUGUAGAUAUCAGCAGUGGAGGAGGCGUGACAGGCUGGAAGAGCAAAUGUUGCUGAACAUCCUCCUGUUCCGUCAGUUGCCAUCCACCACCCUGUUGGCUCCUCUUGCUGCAAAAUAAACCACUCUGUCCAUUUUUAACUCGAAACAGAUACUUUUGUUCCUCAUCUUAAUUAUCCAAUCCACCUAUUUUAUUUGUUCUUUCAUCUGUGACUGCUUGCGGACUUUAUAAUUUUCUUCCAAAAAAAAAUGUAUAGAAAAAUCAUGUCUGUGACUUCAUUUUUAAAUGUACUUGCUCAGCUCACCACUGCAUUUCAGUUGUAUUAUAGUCCAGUUCUUCUUAUCAACAUUAAAACCUAUAGCAAUCAUUUCAACUCUAUUCUGCAAAUUGUAUAAGAAUAAAAGUUAGAAUUAACAAUUUUAUUUUGUACAACAGUGGAAUUUUCUGUCAUGGAUAAUGUGCUUGAGUCCCUAUAAUCUAUAGACAUGUGAUAGCAAAAGAAACAAAAGCCAGGAAAACACUCAUUUUCGCCUUGAAUAUGUAAUGGGAUUAAUUUUGUCCUGUGCCUUAUGUGGAAAGGAACUGCUUUGGUUUUUCUUUUGUUUUGUUUUGUGUUUUGUUUUGUUUUGUUUUGUUUUGUUUUGUUUUGUUUUGUUUUGUUUUGGUGGAAGCAUGUGCAGGAGACAUACAUAUCAUCCAAACAUAAACCAUUCAAAUGUUUGUGGUUUGCUUGGCUAUAAUUUUCAAAGUAGUUAACUGAGGACAAAGGGUAAUGCAGAAAUGAUAGCUUUGGUUUGCUGAGUCUUAAUUUCAAGUGGCCUUGAUACUUCAAACUGUUCCUGCCACCGGUUCUUCUGUUUGGCCACUUUCUCCUCGCUGUCUUCCCGCAUGCUGCUUUAUUUGCUCCCCCGCCCCCCACCACCACCCAAUGGUAUGAGUUAUUUAAAAAUGAAAGGGGCAAACUAGUAGGUUUUUCAAGUUUAACAUAAAGUACUGAUUUAACUUGCUAAGUAAACUGAAAGAGAAAUUCUAACUGCCUACUACUAUCUAAUGUCUUUCCCUCAUUUUCUCUUUCCCCUAAAACUUCUGCCCCAGGUUCCUUCAUCAGCUCUUUUACUUCAUGCUCCUCUUCCCUCUCUGUUCCCUUUCUAUCCAUUGAGUUUAUGAAAUGGAAGAGUUAAUUGCAUGCACUAGUGUUUGGAGGGUGUUGUGGUUUGUCUUUCUAAUUAGGUGUAUAGCCUAUUCACUUUCCUAGAAUAAAUCUCUUAACCUAAAUUUGAAGAGUCUCCAUUUUGGCAACUCCUCUAGCAAUUUGGUAGCCCAGUAAAAGUUAUGUUUUUUGUUUUGUUUUUUUUUUUGUUUGUUUGUUUGGUUGGUUUUUUUUUUUAAGGUGGGAAGGAGGAGUGAGAUUUAUUAACAUGUUUGCCAAAUAUACUGAGAUUUGGCCUUUGAAGAACACUUUUUCAGUGUUAAGUUGUCUUUACCUUAAGAUUAGAAGUACUUUAGAGUAUUAUUAAUUUUAAGUCCUAUCUUCACACCCCUUUGGAAAACUUGUAUUACCAUGGAUUUGGGAAAAGGACAACAAAAGGCUUUUCAUGUACAGAUCAGAUCUCCGGCUAUCUCUAACCCUGUCCUUUUUCACUUCAUUUUUCUAGUUUCGCUUCAUUGCUUAUCAUCAGGAUAGGGUAAGUUAAGUUUGCUACGCUGCUAGCAUCCUAAGAUGAUACCUUUGUUGAAAUAAUUGUGAAUAGCAUGAUUCAUUUCUAGCAGAGGCUGAGUUUAGGACAGCAGCUUCCAUUGAAAAGUCUUUCUGUGUCGUGGGUAGCAUUUUAAUGCCCUCUUGGCUCACAUCACCAACAUAGGGACGUAUCUGCUCUGAACAUCCAUGAAUUUUUCAGAUAGUGCCCUAAAAACAAUUUUAUAUGCCUCACUGGUGGUUGUUCUUAGGUUUUUUCCUUCACUUGACUUUAUCAUUGUUUACUAGUAAAAGCAGCAUUGCCAAAUAAUCCCUAAUUUUCCACUAAAAAUAAUAAUGAAAUGAGGUUAAGCUUCUCGAAAAGUUAUAGGUUAAACCUACUGUCGUUAGAUUAAUUUUAGUGUAUGUGUUGCUUUCCUUUAUCUGGAAUGUGGCAAUAGCUUUUUUAUUUUUUAACCCUCUUUAAUCCUGAUUCAAUUCAGUGACUUAAGGUUUGAGAGCUAAACACUGGGAUUUUUGGGUAACAGACUGACAGUUUUGUUGUUUGCAUAAUUAUAAUCGGCAUUGUACAUAGAAAGGAUAUGGCUACCUUUUGUUAAAUCUGCACUUUCUAAAUAUCAAAAAAAAAGGGAAAUGGAGUAUAAAUCAAUUUUUGUAUAACCUGUUUGAAACAUGAGUUUUAUUUGCUUAAUAUUAGGGCUUUGCCCCUUUUUCUGUAAGUCUCUUGGGAUCCUGUGUAGAAGCUGUUCUCAUUAAACACCAAACAGUUAAGUCCAUUCUCUGGUACUAGCUACAAAUUCGGUUUCAUAUUCUACUUAACAAUUUAAAUAAACUGAAAUAUUUCUAGAUGGUCUACUUCUGUUCAUAUAAAAACAAAACUUGAUUUCCAA